AGCUCAUUGACACACUCACCAGAGUAGAACACUGUGGGACAGCUAUUACCUCUUCGACACAGAGAAAGUCACUGCUGCUGAGUUCUUCUGCCCUGGACUGGACUGGACUCUCUCUCUCUCUCUCUCUCUCUCUCUCUCUCUCUGUCUCUCUGUCUCUCUCUCUGGAUACCCUUUUACUCUUCACAGCAGAAGGGGAUUUGUGUCAAAGAUAUGAAGAAACCAACAUCUGUGUUUAGCAAUAUAAAGCUGUUUGUGCUGUGUCAUGGCCUGCUGCAGCUCACCCAGCUGCUCUACAGUUCCUACUUUAAGAGCACCAUCACCACCAUCGAGAGACGCUUUGGCCUCAGCAGUUUCUCCUCUGGCACCAUCUCCUCUCUGCACGAGGUGGGGAACACAAUUCUGAUAGUGUUUGUGAGUUACCUGGGCAGCAGGGUCCAUCGGCCUCGUCUCAUCGGACUGGGUGGUCUGCUGAUGUCCAUCAGCGCUCUCAUCCUGGCCCUACCUCACUUCCUGUCCCAGCCCUAUAACUAUGACUCUGUCAUACAUGAUCGCCAAGAACUGUGUUCCUUCCAGGGUCCCUCCAACACCACAGGGGCCUGUGGAAAGACAGAGAUCAAGCGUAUAGCAGACACCAACAACUUGUGGCUGCUCAUGGCUAUAGCUCAGCUGCUGUUCGGGGUGGGGUCUGUUCCCAUACAACCCUUUGGUAUCUCUUAUGUGGAUGACUUUGCCGGACGAGGCAACUCCCCCCUCUACAUAGCCAUCCUGUUUGCUCUGUCUGUGUUUGGACCCGCCUUCGGCUUCCUGCUGGGCUCCGUCAUGCUGAGGAUCUAUGUGGACGUGGACAGAACCGGCUCAGUCACCAACGCUGAGCUGGCCCCUACAGACCCUCGCUGGGUGGGUGCGUGGUGGAUGGGCCUCCUCAUCUCCUCUGCCAGCCUAGCUCUGACCUCCAUCCCAUACUUCUUCUUUCCUCGCAGCAUGCUGCUGCAAGGCAAUAGUGGAACUGAAGCUGCCAUUCAGAAUGAAGAAUCCAAAAAGCCAGACUUCUCAAUGCUUGAUUUCCUGAAGAUGUUCCCCAGGCUGUUUGUCCGUCUCCUCCUCAGUCCCCUGUUCCUGCUGUUGGUUCUGUCUCAGUGCUGUUUCUCUUCAGUCAUCGCUGGCCUCGCCACCUUCCUCACCAAGUUCCUGGAGAGACAGUACAGUACGACCACCGCUUACAGCAACCUGCUCAUAGGUGCGGUGAACCUUCCGUCCGUUGCCGUGGGGAUGCUGGUGGGCGGAGUCAUCAUGAAGAGGACCGGUCUCUCUCUGAAGACCAUCCCUCGUUUUUCUGUCGCCAUGCUCACCAUCUCUGUCCUCCUCAUCAUCCCUCUCUUCUUCAUGGGCUGCCCCACACAGAGGGUGGCGGAGGUCAACUACACACCCAAUGGGUUUCUGGCCACCUGUUAUUCCAACUGCUCCUGUCCUGAUGACUCCUUUAACCCAGUGUGUGGAUCAGACAACACUGAGUACCUGUCUCCCUGCCACGCAGGCUGCAAGGAGUACACCAAAGACCCCAAGAACAAAUUCAGGGUUCUGAAGUACACAGACUGUAUCUGUAUAGCUUACAGCCAGGGUGGUGGUGGGGGUACUGCCCGCCCCGGUCCUUGCCCCAACCAAUGUCCUCACUUCCUGCUUCCUGUCAUGUUCCUCAUCUCUCUGGCUGGGUUGAUCGCCUCCCUGACACACAACCCCAUCUAUAUGAUGGUUCUCAGAACUGUUCCCCAUGAAGAUAAAUCCUUUGCCAUAGGAGUCCAGUUUUUGCUCAUGAGAGUGCUUGCCUGGUUACCAGCCCCAGCCCUGUUCGGUAUUGUCAUCGACAGCUCCUGUAUUUGGUGGAAACAAGCCUGUGGCAACCGGCUGGGCUGUGGUUACUAUGACAAUAACAUCCUGAGGAACAGGUACCUGGGCCUGCAGGUGGGCUUCAAGGUGAUGGGGAUCUUCCUGCUUGGGGUGGUGGGCUGGAAGGUCCUGAGGACCAGGGAGUACAGCCUGGAGAAGAGGCCUGAUGGACCACUCUGAUCUGGGAUACGACUGACCUCCUGGCUCCCUACUCCGUCCUCUCUCUCGUCUCACUUUAAAGAGUAGUCUCAGGUCCACUACUGUUCCUUUCAACAGUCUGCUGUGGUGUUCUGUCUGAAUGUGCUCUCCUUUACCCACCUGAUCCACCUAACCUGUCUCAAAUGAGAGAAGUGACUCACCUAUCAACUGCCAGUGGGCAAAGUCCAGUAUGCCUUUCAACCGUAGAAUGUUUCAACGGUCUGCUUAAAGUAUUCUCAAACCCAGCUGAUCCUCCUGUUAGUAACCUCAGCACUGUUCUCUAACCCAGCUGAUCCUCCUGUUAGUAACCUCAGCACUGUUCUCUAACCCAGCUGAUCCUCCUGUUAGUAACCUCAGCACUGUUCUCUAACCCAGCUGAUCCUCCUGUUAGUAACCUCAGCACUGUUCUCAAACCCAGCUGAUCCUCCUGUUAGUAACCUCAGCACUGUUCUCUAACCCAGCUGAUCCUCCUGUUAGUAACCUCAGCACUGUUCUCUAGCCCAGCUGAUCCUCCUGUUAGUAACCUCAGCACUGUUCUCUAACCCAGCUGAUCCUCCUGUUAGUAACCUCAGCACUGUUCUCUAACCCAGCUUAUCCUCCUGUUAGUAACCUCAGCACUGUUCUCAAACCCAGCUGAUCCUCCUGUUAGUAACCUCAGCACUGUUCUCUAACCCAGCUGAUCCUCCUGUUAGUAACCUCAGCACUGUUCUCUAACCCAGCUGAUCCUCCUGUUAGUAACCUCAGCACUGUUCUCAAACCCAGCUGAUCCUCCUGUUAGUAACCUCAGCACUGUUCUCUAACCCAGCUGAUCCUCCUGUUAGUAACCUCAGCACUGUUCUCUAACCCAGCUGAUCCUCCUGUUAGUAACCUCAGCACUGUUCUCUAACCCAGCUGAUCCUCCUGUUAGUAACCUCAGCACUGUUCUCUAACCCAGCUGAUCCUCCUGUUAGUAACCUCAGCACUGUUCUCAAACCCAGCUGAUCCUCCUGUUAGUAACCUCAGCGCUGUUCUCAAACCCAGCUGAUCCUCCUGUUAGUAACCUCAGUGCUGUUCUCUAACCCUGCUGAUCCUCCUGUUAGUAACCUCAGCACUGUUCUCUAACCCAGCUGAUCCUCCUGUUAGUAACCUCAGCACUGUUCUCUAACCCAGCUGAUCCUCCUGUUAGUAACAUCAGCACUGUUCUCAAACCCAGCUGAUCCUCCUGUUAGUAACCUCAGCACUGUUCUCUAACCCAGCUGAUCCUCCUGUUAGUAACCUCAGCACUGUUCUCUAACCCAGCUGAUCCUCCUGUUAGUAACCUCAGCACUGUUCUCAAACCCAGCUGAUCUUCCUGUUAGUAACCUCAGCACUGUUCUCAAACCCAGCUGAUCCUCCUGUUAGUAACCUCAGCACUGUUCUCAAACCCAGCUGAUCCUCCUGUUAGUAACCUCAGCACUGUUCUCUAACCCAGCUGAUCCUCCUGUUAGUAACCUCAGCACUGUUCUCUAACCCAGCUGAUCCUCCUGUUAGUAACCUCAGCACUGUUCUCAAACCCAGCUGAUCCUCCUGUUAGUAACCUCAGCACUGUUCUCUAACCCAGCUGAUCAUCCUGUUAGUAACCUCAGCACUGUUCUCAAACCCAGCUGAUCCUCCUGUUAGUAACCUCAGCACUGUUCUCUAACCCAGCUGAUCCUCCUGUUAGUAACCUCAGCACUG